AUGAGCGAGGAAGUGGAGAUAGGAGAGGAGAAAGACUGGAGCGAACUCGAACCCAACUACCCUGUCAAGAUCUUCCUGACCGUAUUGUACAGCCUCAUGCUGGUGGCGGGCAUCGUGGGUAAUUCUGUUACUAUUAGAGUCACGCAGUUGCUGAGGCGUAACGGUUACCUGCAGAAGAACGUGACCGACCACAUGGUGAGCCUUGCCUGCUCGGACCUGUUGGUGCUCCUCAUCGGGAUGCCGGUGGAGCUCUACAGUGCCAUCUGGUUCCCCUUCACGUCGGCAUCCGGCAACGUUUCCUGCAAGGUCUACAACUUUCUGUUCGAGGCCUGCAGCUACGCCACCAUCCUCAACAUAGCCACGCUUAGCUUUGAGCGCUACAUUGCCAUCUGUCACCCGUUCCACUUUAAAGCGUUCCGAGGGCGGCGAACCUCGGCCCUCAUCACCUUCGCCUGGCUGGUGUCCUUCCUGGUGGCUCUGCCGCUGCUGAUCGCCACGGGGACGGAGGGGCACGUCCCCCUCCGGCAGGACACCCCCGUCCAGAAUCUGACCUUCUGCACCAACCUGAGGGAGCGCUGGGUGAUGUACAGGGUCAGCAUCUUCAUGGCGUUCAUCCUCUACUUGGUCGUGCUGGUGUGCGUGGGCUUCAUGUGCCAGGGCAUGAUCCUGGUGCUGCGGAAGUCGAUGGGGCCCAAAGACGGGGAGGACAGCGACACUCAGACAUCAUCCAAGCAUGAAAGUGAAAGGGUGAAGACAGCCAAGAAGCAGACCAUCAUAUUUCUGGGCCUCAUCGUGGGAUCCAUGAUGGUUUGCUGGCUUCCCAACCAGAUCCGCCGCCUGAUGAUGGCCGCCGUGCCCAAGUCUGACUGGACCAUCUUCUACUUCCGGAGCUACGUCACGCUGCACCCGGUGGCCGACACCUUCUUCUACCUGAGCUCAGUGCUCAACCCGCUGCUCUACAACGUGUCGUCCAGGCAGUUCAGGGAGGUGUUCGUGCAGGUGCUGCGCUGCCGCCUGACCAUUGAGCACGUCAACAGGCGCAGCAUGCCCAAGUCGCGCGCCGCCUCGAGCCGCUCGGCCCAGCCCUUGCUGCUGAGGUCGCUGUGGCGCGGCAGGGCGGGCCGUGACACCACCCUGCAGGAGAAACCCCCGCCGACCUUCACCACGUUCCAGCAGCAGACUGACUCUGGGGUGGAUUCAGCCACUCGCAUAUCUCUGAGUCCGGUGGAGGAUUCACAAGACACAGCGGGCAUAAACAUGCCGCCAGAAUCCUCUCGCCAGAGUUGCAGGAUUUUGUUUGCGACUUUUCAGAAAAAGAGCAAACCACAGAAUAAGACCUAG